CUCUCUCUCUCUCUCUCUCUCUCUCUAUCUCUCUCUUUCUCUCAGUUUUUUAUUUUUGUACUAAAGUAAUGUUUUGUUAACGCAUUAACAAUUCAUAAAACUGAAAAUCCAAAAGUGAAACAAACUUUAACAAAAACAUACAAUAAAUUAUUAUUAUUAUUAUCAUUAUUAUUAUUAUUACAAUUUUUUAAUUAUCUCAUUUUCUUAUAAUUUCUAACCAACACAGUUGCGUAGGAUAUCGUUAAAAGGCUUAACAACUGCUUCUCCAUUAUUUUUAAAUAUUCUUCAAAUUUUUAAAUAAAAAUUCAUCAUAUGAAUCUUGGAAUCAAUGAAAUGUAAAUAAACACCAACAAACAUUACAAGUUAAUCCGUAUCGAUAAUAUACAUAUAUCAUUUACUUAAUGUUCAAUUUUGCAACAAAAAUCUUAAUUUUAUAAACUGUGCUAGACCAUUAUUAAUUAAUCAAGGUAUUCUAAUUUGCGAAUUAAAUGUUUGAGGAAGAAUCUUUAAUAAAGCACAAGUCAUAUAAAUAAGAAUUCUUUACGACCGUCUUGAACGUAAUUGAAUAUUGUUCGAAAAAAAAAAAAAAAGAAAAGAAAAAAAGAAAAAGAAAAAAUAAACAAAUUUUUACACAUCGUGUCAUAUAAAGAUUGAUAAAUAAAUGCAUUUUUAAAAAGAAAAAUAAAAAACUGAACUUUUAUUCGACAUUUUGUUUAGAUACCGACGAUUCACAUUAAUCGUCUUAUCGAACGAUUGUUUGAUCAAUAAUUCGUUUAUGUUUAUCGUUAAUAAUGUGUCAGGCUCGUUUAAACACCGUUACUUUACAAUAUGUCAGUGAUAAUGGUGUAUUUUAAUUAUUUAAUUUAUUAAAAAAAGAUAUCAUAAAAGUACGAAACGAAAUGCCACCAAAAAAACAAAAAAUAUUGGUUCCACCAGAACCAUUUCUACCUGAAUUUGAGCCAGAUGUAACGGAGAUAAAAGAAAUUGAUCAAAUGAAACCAUUAAUAUCUAUAGUCACUGGAGAACCCUUUGGUCCAAAAAUUUAUUAUGUUAGAGAAAAGGAGGAGGAUGAAAGUUCAGACGAUGAACCAGAAUCUGAAGGAGAGGACGAUGAGAGAUUUUUAAAAAAUGAAAUGUCAGAUAUUUCCUCCGAGUUCUGGAUUAUGCAAAAGCUAAUAAAAUAUAUGAAAGCUGGAAAUCAAACGGCUACCACAAUAAGUUUAUGUCUACUUAAAGAUUAUGAUCUUACAAAUAGAGCAGUUCAAAAGACUAUAGAAAAAAUUGGAGGAUUGGAAAUUUUGGUUAAUCUUUUGGAAACAAAUGAUAUCAAAUGUCAAAAUGGAUCUUUAUCAGUUUUACUUGUAAUAGUAACUUCAAGUGAAAUGUCCCGUAUUCUUAUUGAUUAUGGUAUUGUGACAUCACUCAUUCAAUUAUUAAAACAUCCCGUUAGAGACAUUCAAAUACUAGCCGCUGAAAUUAUGGCUAUUAUUGCACGAAUAAGAAAAGCUAGAAAACAGAUUAGGAUUCGUGGUGGCAUACCUCUAUUACUAGACAUUAUGGAUAUACCAGAUAACGUCCUUCAACGCUCUUUUGAUGAAUUAAAUAAUAUUCAAAAGGAAUUAAUCAGAGUUGCUAUAGGUGGUGCUAGAGCAUUAAACUCUAUAGCAAAGAGCCCAAAAAUUAAAGCAGAACUUCAAAAGUAUGGAGUUGUCCAACAUAUGGCACGUUUCUUAAAGAGUGUUCACACUGAUUUAAUAAUUCCCAUAAUGGGAACUGUACAACAAUGUGCAGAUCUGUCAGUCUGCAGAUUCGCCUUUGAACAAAUGGGUAUUAUUGCGGAUAUAGUAUAUCAUUUGAAAAAUGAAGAUAUGAAAUUGAAAGAAAAUUGUGCCUUAGCGAUAUUUAAAUGUGCGAUAAAUAAAACAACUAGCAAUAUGGUUAGAGAGGCUGGUGGUUUAGAUCCUUUAUGUAAACUUAUACAAGAUGAAAAUGUACGCGCAAAUAAACAUUUAUUAAUCGCUGUAACAGGUGCUAUUUGGAAAUGUGCUGUAUGCUCAGAGAAUGUAAAAAGAUUUAAUCAAAACAAUUUAGUAGCAUUUCUAGUUCCUCUUCUUCAAGAAAAUGAAGAAGAAGAUGUUUUAUCGAAUGUAGUUGGAGCAUUGGCUGAAUGUUGCAAAGAUCCCACAAAUAGAGAUAUCUUAAGAGCACAUGAUGGAUUACCAAAGUUAAUUAAAUUGUUGAGUUUUACUUAUGAACCAUUAUUAGAAAAUAUACCGUUAGUAUUGAAAGAAUGUGCAGAAAAUACACAAUGUAUGGAUAUUAUUAAUGAUCCUGGACAUAAAUUAGAUGGUGUUCGCUUAAUAUGGUCUCUUUUAAAACAUCCGAACAAUGUUAUUAAGACAAAUGCUUGUCUUGCUUUAGUCCCAUGCAUUAAAUAUGCUAAAGAUUCUCCUGAGAUGGUGCGAGCUUUUGUAGGAGGAUUGGAACUUACAGUCAGUCUUUUGGAUAGUACCAAUCCUAAAGUACUCAGUGCUGUUUGCGCUACAAUUGCUUCAAUAGCGUUAGAUCCUGAAAAUCUUGGUAUAUUAACAGAUCAUGGAGUGGUGUCGAAAUUAGCAAGUCUUGCAAAAACGGAAAAUGAGGAUCUACGAGCUAACCUAACUUUAGCUAUUGCUUAUUGUUGCGAAUGGAAUGAUAAUAGUUCUGAAUUUGGUAAACUUAAAAUCAUUGCUCCUCUUGUUGGUUACAUGAAUACCAAAAAUAAGGUUGUCCUUAAAGGUGUUUGUAUAGCAAUGUAUCAUUUAAGUAAAGAUCCUAUGAAUUGUGUAACCAUGCAUAGCUGUGGUAUUAUAAAGCACAUGUUACGAUUGAUCGGUUCAGAGGAUCCAGAGGUACAAAUAGCUGCAGCAAGUACAAUCAGGCAUAUUAGAAAGCUUGCGUUAACAGCAGAAAGAUUACACUUUAAAGAAAUAAACUUACUUGAAGAUAUGAAUUAUCAAUUAUAAAAUUGAAAAAAGUUAAAGUAUAGCGAUAUAUAAUUUGAAUAUCUAAUAAAUAUAAAAUUAAAAAAUAUCUACUGUCUAGUCUGUAAUUCUGAUAAUUCUAAAUUGACUUAUAAGAAUAACUUCAUAUACAAUAAA